AUGUCUCUCUCCUCUCCCAAAGAGGCUGCUCCUGCUAGUCUAGAUGAUGCCGAGUCAUUGUCGAUUGAGAAAGUUAAGGAACAAGGGUCUCCUGAGCCCCCAGACCUUUCCGUCCCGAACUUCCCAGAUGGAGGCACGAAGGCCUGGCUAGUCGUUCUCGGCGCCUGGUGCACAUCUUUUGCGUCGUUUGGCAUUGUCAACUCUUUCGGAAUCUAUGAGACGCACUAUAUCCAAACUUACUUGUCUAGCUACCCCCAGUCGACUAUCGCCUGGAUUGGAUCCGUCCAGGCCUUCGCUCAAUUCUCGGCCACCUUGAUCAGUGGCCCAAUCACAGAUCGAUACGGUCCCAUGGUCGUCAUUUGGCCAUGUUCUCUUCUCCUCGUGGUAGCCAUGAUGCUCACCAGCCUCUGCACUGAAUUCUACCAGUUUCUCCUCUGCCAAGGCAUUCUUCUUGGAUCUUGCUGCGGGCUCAUCUUCGCCCCUGCCAUCUCUGUUGUAGCCCACUAUUUCAUGAAAAAGCGAGCCAUGGCCAUGGCUUUCGCCUCAACAGGAUCUCCCAUCGGCGGCACAAUCUUCCCUAUAAUCCUCACCAGACUCAUCCAAAUUCCCAGCGUAGGAUUUCCCUGGGCUCAGCGCGUCUGCGGCUUCCUCAGUCUGUUUCUUCUCAUCAUAGCCGCCGUGACUAUCCGUCCCACGCCUUUCAGGCGAAAGGGGCCCUUCAUACUCCUCGAAGCUUUCAAGAUACCUGCCUACUGCUUCCAGGUUGCUGGCUUGUUCUUUAUUAUCCUUGGCUUUUGGACUCCAUAUUUCUACCUCGCUGAGUAUGGUCUUGCACACGGCAUGUCUAAUACCCUCGCUUCAUACCUCUUUGCUCUGAUCAAUGCAGGCUCAUUUGUGGGCCGAAUGCUCGGCGGUACAAUUUCCAUGUAUAUAGGUCAAUUCAAUGUCCUCACAGCAGCAUGUUUCAGUUCUGCCCUGAUGCUGUACUGCUGGCUAAAAGUUACCAGCUCAGCUGGGCUUGUCGUGCUAUCGCUUUUUUUUGGAGGAACCAGUGGUAUAAUAAUCGCGCUGAUGAUGUCUACUCUCGCGCAUUGUGCGCCACACCCAAGCAAGAUUGGCACAUAUGCCGGCCAGUCGACUUUCAUAAUCGGCUUCGCAGGUCUUGCUGGGACGCCUAUUACUGGUGCGUUGAUCAGCAAUAAUGGCUACAACGCUGGUAUUCUAUUCAGUGCCUCGGUAUUCAUGGCCGGUUCAGUUAUUUUUAGUUUCGCAAGAUACUACUUCGCCAAAGACAAGUUCAUUGCUUGA